UCUUCCUCAUUCCCAUUUCAAACUCUCUCUCUCUCUCUCUAGAAAACCCACUCGUUACUCUCUCUCUCUCUAAAGAUGUCAGGCCGAGGAAAGGGCGGAAAGGGGCUGGGCAAGGGCGGAGCGAAGCGGCACAGGAAGGUGCUCCGCGACAACAUCCAGGGGAUCACGAAGCCUGCCAUCCGCCGCCUCGCCCGGCGUGGCGGCGUGAAGAGGAUCAGCGGGCUCAUCUACGAGGAGACUCGCGGCGUCCUCAAGAUAUUCUUGGAGAACGUGAUCCGCGACGCCGUGACGUACACCGAGCACGCGAGGAGGAAGACGGUGACGGCGAUGGACGUGGUCUACGCUCUGAAGAGGCAGGGCAGAACUCUGUACGGGUUCGGCGGUUGAUUUCGGUGGCUUUUUAGGAUUAGUAGUAGUUUUUCGAAGCAGUUUUUUUUUGGAUGUGAAUUGUUGGUUGCUAGGGUUUAGUUUUGGAGGGUUGUAAUUGUGGAAUCCUUUCGAUUCAUCAUCAAUGAUAUAUGCAUUUGCCCUUAUUUUGGAUCCAA